GAAUCUCAUUUGCCCCUGUACAGUGUGAGAAAGAAAGGGAAAGAGGUGUGGUGAAGAGGAAAGAGAAAGAAGAGAACAUACAUUUGUAGGGAACUGAAGCUUGCUUGUAAGAUGUUUCAGUGUGUGGCUUCCAGAGGAUGAAAAGCUAGAUGCUACUUGGUUAAACUGGAUAAAACGUAAGAGAGAAGACUGAAGCAUUGUAACAGCUGCCAGGAACUGUGACAGUGAGGGAACUGCUUCACUUAGAAGAGACUUCAUACCAUGGGGAAGUCAGCCUCCAGGCUUUUUUCUGAGGAGGUAAUGAAGGCUCAUAAUGAGUACAGGAGAAAACAUCAAGCCCCACCUUUAAAACUCAGCAGUAAACUGAGCCGUGAAGCAGCACGAUAUGCUGAGAGCCUUGCUAGCACCAGGAUUCUGAAGCACAGUGUUGAGUCUAGUAGAGGAAACUGUGGAGAAAAUUUAGCAUGGGCAUCGUAUGAUCAAACAGGAAAAGAUGUGUCUGAUCGCUGGUAUAAUGAAGUGAACCAGUACAACUUCAACCAGCCAGGAUUCUCCUCUGGAACUGGUCACUUCACUGCAAUGGUGUGGAAAAGCUCAAAGAAACUUGGUGUGGGUAAAGCUGUGGCCUCAGAUGGUUCUACGUUCGUAGUGGCACGUUAUUUCCCUGCCGGCAACAUUACCAAUCAGGGCCACUUUCAGGCCAAUGUCCUGCCCCCUAAAAGCUGAAUCAAAUGUAUCUGGACACGAUAAAAGGUGGAGGGGCUGAAAGAGAAUGGGAAACAGCUGAAAUUGGAGAGACUUUUGACUGAAGGACAAAAUACAGCGAUGGUUGGCUUUAAUACACAGAUCUUACUUGAAUAAAGAGCUUCUAUCUUUACAUUUUCAGGCUUUUAUUAACUUGAAUAUAAAGAAGCUUACUUUAAACUAAAAUGUUGAAGCUAAUCCUAGUUAUAUAGCUAACUUUUGCAUAAAACUAAAGUUUCAUAGUGAAAAUGUUGUGUGCCUGUUUGUGCAUGGGUGAUGUCAGCAUAACAAUAUUAAAAAUGUUUUUUUUUUUUCAUGAAUGAAGCAGACGAUAUUUUCACGUACGUCCACUGCACGGAAAUCUAAUGUCUCUUUGGGAUGCAGGUUUAAUGCUGAAUGCGAAAAGAAGUAUGUGACUCCACAGGACAUUUAAGUGCAUGAGAUGUUGCAGAAAAAAGUUUUGUUAAUGUUCAUCCCUCUAUAUCAUAGAUUGAUAAUUCAGCAUUAUUAAUUUGGUCAUCUUUGUGUUUUUUUUAUAUUGAUGUUGAUUAAAAUUGACAGUCUUCAAAUAAUC